AGAACCGUCUUCCUUCAUCACAGGAUAAAAGCAUUUCAUCUGGGCUUCUUAAAUCUAAGUCUUUAAAAUGACUAAGUUUUCUUCCUUUUCUCUGUUUUUCCUAAUAGUUGGGGCUUAUAUGACUCCUGUGUGUUUCAAUAUGGAAAUUAUUGGAGGGAAAGAAGUGUCACCUCAUUCCAGGCCAUUUAUGGCCUCCAUCCAGUAUGGCGGACAUCACGUUUGUGGAGGUGUUCUGAUUGAUCCACAGUGGGUGCUGACAGCAGCCCACUGCCAAUAUCGGUUUACCAAAGGCCAGUCUCCCACUGUGGUUUUAGGCGCACACUCUCUCUCAAAGAAUGAGGCCUCCAAACAAACAUUGGAGAUCAAAAAAUUUAUACCAUUCUCAAGAGUUACAUCAGAUCCUCAAUCAAAUGAUAUCAUGCUGGUUAAGCUUCAAACAGCCGCAAAACUCAAUAAACAUGUCAAGGUGCUCCACAUAAGAUCCAAAGCCUAUCUUAGAUCUGGAACCAAAUGCGAGGUUACUGGCUGGGGAGCCACCGACCCAAAUUUAUUAAGACCUUCUGAUACCCUGCGAGAAGUCACUGUUACUGUCCUAAGUCGAAAACUUUGCAACAGCCAAAGUUACUACAACCACGACCCUUUAAUCACCAGAGACAUGGUCUGUGCAGGAGAUGCCAAAGGCCAGAAGGAUUCCUGUAAGGGUGACUCAGGGGGCCCCUUGAUCUGUAAAGGUGUCUUCCAUGCCAUAGUCUCUGGAGGUCAUGAAUGUGGUGUUGCCAAAAAGCCUGGAAUCUACACGCUGUUAACCAAGAAAUACCAGACUUGGAUCAAAAGCAACCUUGUCCCGUCUCAUACAAAUUAAGUUACAAAUAAUUUUAUUGAAUGUACUUGCUUCUUUUUUCCUAAUAUACUCGCAGGUUAGAGUUGGGUAUAAGUAAAGCAGAGCAUAUAUGGGGUCCAUUUUUGCACUUGUAAGUCAUUUUAUUAAGGAAUCAAGUUCUUUUUCACUUGUAUCACUGAUGUAUUUCUACCAUGCUGGUUUUAUUCUAAAUAAAAUUUAGAAGUCU